AUUUGAUUCUUGACAUUCUUCAUUAUUUAGGUUCAAUUAAUAAUGAUGUGAUGGUUCUUUCAAAAAAAAAAAAUGAUUUGAUGGUGCUAUAUUUUGUUCAAAAUUACAUGAUUUAUAUUUAGAACCAAUUCAAUGUUAAAAUUCCCUUAUUAGUCCGUAAGUGACAUACUAUUUCAAUUCCAUCAAAGAUUACAUUAAAAGUCAAUAAGAUAACACAUGCAAUGAGUCAAGGAACAGAAAUAUCCCAUCAAAUAAACAAAACUAAUUAUGAGUAUUGUCAAAAAAAUUCUAUAUUACUUAUCAUGGUAUUAAAAUUGUCUUACGCUACACCCCUACAUAUUUCUUGCCUUUCACAACUCAAAUUAAAACACAAUCCCAAAUCUUCUCAUCCUAUAAAUAUCCAACUAACUUCUUAUCCUAUGUGAUCAUAAACCAUCCAAUAUCAAUAUUCUCAACAAACAACCAAAUAUGAAGAAAUUCUUGCUUAGUAUAAACUCCUCCCCACUCUUCCUCCUCCUCCUCCUCCUCCUCAGCCUCCUCGAAGCGUCACACUCGCUGCCUCUCUCGACGAAUUCACGAUGGAUCAUAAACGAGGAGGGGCAGCGAGUAAAGUUGGCGUGCGUGAACUGGGCAUCACACCUCGAGUUGGUGGUGGCCGAAGGGCUAACCCAUCAGCCAGUAGAUGUUAUAUCAAAGAAUAUAAGAGACAUGGGAUUUAAUUGUGUUAGGCUAACUUGGCCUCUUUAUUUAGCUACUAAUGAUUCCUUGGCUUCUCUUACUGUAAGACAAUCUUUUGUUAAUGCUGGACUUUUGGAUUCCAUUUCUGGGUUACAAGCUAAUAAUCCCUCCAUUGUUGACCUUUCACUAAUCAAUGCUUUCCAGACGGUGGUGGCAAGCCUAACAAGUAACAAUGUGAUGAUAAUUUUGGACAACCAUUUAAGCAAGCCAGGGUGGUGUUGCAGUAGCUCAGAUGGCAAUGGCUUUUUUGGUGACCAAUACUUCAAUCCUGACCUUUGGAUAAGUGGCUUGACUAAAAUGGCAACCCUUUUUCAAGACAAUCCAAAUGUUAUUGGUAUGAGUUUAAGGAAUGAACUUCGUGGGCCUAAGCAAAAUGCCAACGAUUGGUAUAGGUACAUGCAAAGAGGAGCAGAAGCAGUACAUGGAGCCAACCCAAAUGUACUAGUCAUCCUCUCCGGCCUAAGCUACGACAAAGACUUCACCUUCCUUCGGAAACAACCGGUGUCUCUCAGUUUCACCGGGAAGUUAGUUUUCGAGACACAUUGGUACGCCUUCACAGAUGGGCAAUCAUGGAAAGAUGGCAACCCAAACCAAGUUUGUAGUAGGGUGAGGAACAACAUGAUGGGAUUAUCUGGGUUUUUGCUUGAUAAAGGCUAUCCUUUGUUUGUGAGUGAGUGGGGAAUAGACUUAAGGGGCAUAAAUGACAAUGACAAUAGGUACUUGAAUUGUUUUCUUGCUUGGGUGGUUGAACAUGACUUAGAUUAUGCAUUUUGGACUUUGGUUGGGAGUUAUUAUUUGAGAGAAGGGGUGGUUGGGAUGAAUGAGUAUUACGGAUUGCUAAAUUCGGAUUGGUCUCAAGUUCGAAACUCGAGCUUCUUGGAAAGGAUUUCUAUUACCCUAACUCCUCUUCAAGGGCCAGGUAUUCAAGAUCGUAACAAGCACAAGAUCAUAUUUAAUCCACUAACAGGACUUUGCAUCCAAAGAACCCCAAUGACACCAAUAGGGGUGCAACUUGGAGAUUGUUCACAAUCCAACCAUUGGACUUACACACCUCAACAAAUCCUCGGUAUAAAGGGUUCAUACUUUUGUUUACAAGCACAGGGUUUGAACCGCCCUGCAAGACUAAGUCUCAAUUGUCCUGGGACAGGAACGCGAUGGGCAACGAUCUCAGACUCGAAGCUGCAUCUCUCAACUUCAUUGAGCAAGAGUAGUAAUGUUUGUUUAGAUGUAGAUUCUAGUAACAAUCUCAUUACUACUACUUGCAAGUGCUUAAGUAAUGAUAAUAAGUGUGAUCCUGGUAGUCAGUGGUUCAAAAUUGUUGAUGCUGCUGAUACUAUUACUACUAGUGUACAAACACAACAGCCUCAGAUAAUGUAACAUAAUACUAACUUUUUAACAUAAUGUAUAUAGUCAAAUUAUCA